CCGGCGUCUCGUGCGUCCGCUUUCAACCGUCAGUCUGAGGAGUGCUCGAGCGAUGUGAACGGUCGGGUGGCGGGAUCGGUAUCUUGUAGUCGUUGCUGUCACUCGAACGCCAGUAGCCCGGUUGUAUUAAUUUUGGUCUGGGCAGGAGGGGGAAAUGGAUUGAAGGCGCCUGUCCUGCGUGUGGGAAGUGCGGAAGACGGUGGUUUUGAUGUCCGGGCCCGGGGAGGUGCCGGCUCCCGGCGGCGGCGGCGGUGCCCGAGCCCGAGCCCAGCCUGUCAGCGAGGGUGACCAUGUGGUGCUCAAGCGGGAAGAGGUGUUCAAGGCCGUGCAAGUGCACAGAGGAAGAAAAAUCACCUUUGAGAAACAGUGGUUUUACUUGGACAAUGCGAUUGGACAGCAGUAUGGUACCACUUUUGAAGUUUCCAGUGGAGGAGUACUCCAACCACUUAAAGUAAAAACUAAAGAAGUUGCCAAAGAAGUAAAUGAAGCUGGUGUUGAUAAUCGAAACAUCAUUGAUGAUGGCAAGUCCCAAAAGCUCAGCAGAGAUGACAUCGAGGCACUUAAAGAGCAAGGGUUAAAAGGUCAGGAUAUUGUUCAACAUUUGAUAGAGAAUAGCACAACAUUUAGAGACAAAACCGGAUUUGCUCAAGAAAAGUACAUCAAGAAGAAAAAGAAAAAGUACGAAGCAUUUAUAACUAUCCUAAAGCCUACCACUCGCAUAAUGGCCAUGAUGUAUCAUUCCCGUGAGCCAGGUAAAAUUUGCUACUUAAGGUAUGACACACUGGCUCAGAUGUUAACUCUUGGGAACAUCCAUGCAGGCUCCAAAGUAAUUGUAGCAGAAACCUGUGCUGGUCUGGUGCUUGGUGCUGUAAUGGAGAGAUUAGGAGGUUUUGGCUCUGUUAUCCACAUGUAUCCAGGUAGCUUGCCUAUCAGGGCAGCGAUGGAGAAUUUUGGGUUUCCAAAAUCCUUCUAUAACCAUCUAUAUGAUUUCCCUAUCAACAAAUUGAACAGCCUUCUUUCUGGAGUUUUCUUGGCUGAGAAAGAAACGCUGCAAAAACAAACUGAAGUUAUGGUGGAAGAAGGUAAUGGGAGUCUGCUGAACAUAUGCCAGGGUGAUGGAAUGCCUUGUGGUGAGACCGUGAUGGAUAACAACAAAUCUGAAGAAACUGAGGCCAUGGAUGUUGCUUGUGAGGAGGCUGAAAAUAAAGAAAAAAAUUCAGACAGAAAAUCCAAUGUUGAAGAGAGGAAGAGUAAGCAAGAAGAUAGACUAAAGAAAUUGCAGGCUGCUGCUGCUGUGCUGCAAGAGAGAAAUGCAGAUGGGCUAAUUAUAGCAAGUCGCCUGUAUCCCAGCCCCUUAUUACUUUGUCUUUUGGAGUUUGUGGCACCAUCUAGACCAUUUGUCAUCUACUGCCAGUACAAAGAGCCUUUGCUUGUGUGCUAUUCAAAUCUACGAGAAAGGGGUGGAGUUGUUAACCUGAGGUUAUCUGAAACAUGGCUGAGAGGCUAUCAGGUUUUGCCAAAUCGAACUCAUCCCAAGCUGACAAUGAGUGGAGGUGGUGGCUACAUUCUGACUGGUAUUACGGUUGCAAUGGACAGAACAAAAUCAGUUGCCAAUAUUUCUGAAUCUCAGAGAUCUGAAGAACCUGCAGCCAAAAGACAAAAAGUUGAGGAAUCCAAAAGUUAGCUUUCUUCUGAGUACUGUUGCUAAUCCUGAAAUUGAUUGAGCUUGGAGAUCAUUGUAAAGCUCAAAUUGCAAAUUUCUACAGACUGCUAUACAUUUAUUUUGGUAUAAUAUGUUGUGUGCCAUUUGGAAUUUUCUUCUAUGAUGUGGAGCAGUAGCAAAAGUGAUUUUGCAUCUGUGAGGUCGGUGCUGUUAAUGCAGAGAUAAGUAUUGCUAUGUACUAGUGUACAUGUGCAGGAUUGGGAUAUAAAAGAAAUGAAACCAAGUAUUUUUUUUUAAAAAUGUGUGCAUGCUGCAAUUAAAUACAAGAAAAGCUUAGGUUCAGAGUUCUAGAAGCCUGCUUGAAUAAUUGUUUCAGGCAGCCUUAGCCUAUUUGACUGACUCUAACUUAACAAAAAGAUUAUCCAAAUUAAUUAGAAAUUGUGACCACCUGGAACGAACAUUGCUUUUUUUUCCACAGUUUCAUUCGUAUCAAGUUAUGGAAACUAACUUCAUGCACUGAAGUAUUUUUCUUGAUGGAUUUAGCUAUUUUAAAUUGAUCUUAUUUAUAAUUUGUACAACAGUUUUCAUUUCUAGUUUAUCUGUAUUGAAAGUGUCAC